CGUUUCCCACCCCCGCCGGUGUCACCUUGUGGGUGCUGCUUCCUCUUCCUGCCCCCCUGAGCGGGACCCCGCUGCUGUCCUGCUCUGCUGCCACACGCGACCUGGGGCUCCUCCAGCUCGGCAGCAGCCCCGGGACAGGCGGAGCGGGCGGGAUGGGAGCGAGAGGCUGCCUGGGGCCGCUGCUGCUGCUGCUGCUGCCGUCCCUCCCUUGGGCUGAGCACCUGGACGGUGCGUCCGGCGUGGCCAGCGCGGGCUCGGACUCACUGCCCGGGCCGGUGCCAGGUGCUGGUGGGGACGAGCCCUUGCUCCAGCCGUCGAUCAUCGGAGGACACGAUGCCAAAUCCCACUCCCGGCCCUACAUGGUGUCCCUCCAGUUCUGGAAGUCUCGCUCUCGCUCCUGGAAUCACUCCUGCGGGGCAGCGCUGGUGCACCGGCGCUGGGCGCUGACGGCCGCGCACUGCAUAGAUGACAGGCAGUGGCGCAAAGGGUUGCUGGUGGCGGGACUGCACAACUGGCGGGAUCGCGGUUCGGGCACGCAGAGAUUCUCCAUCCAAGCUGCCUGUCCCCACCCGGGCUACGAUCGAAAGACGAUGGAGAACGACCUGCUCCUGCUGCAGCUGAACGCGACGGUGACACCGAGCAGGACACGGCGGCUGAUCCCGCUGGCGAGGAAGGAGCCGGCUGCGGGGGCGCGGUGCAGCCUGGCGGGCUGGGGGUCCCGCGGGGACGGGGAGCUGUCACCCACCCUGCAGGAGAUGGAGGUGACGGUGAUGGACGUGCGGAUGUGCAACAACAGCCGCUUCUGGAAGGGCGGAAUCGGCCCGGCCAUGAUCUGCUUCCAGGGGCUGCAGUGCGGCUCCGCGCCCGCCAAGGGUGACUCGGGGAGCCCCUUGGUGUGCGGGAAGCGGCCGGCGGUGGCAGGAGUGAUGUCCUUUAGUAGCAAGAACCCCACUGACCCUUUCAAGCCGCCCGUGGCCACCUCGACCGUGAAGUGCAAGAAAUGGAUCCAGAAAACGCUGCGGAAGGGCUGUGGGUCCGCCCAGCCCAAACACACGGCAUAGACC